AUGUACUUACCUCUGCAAAUUGUAUGGACAGUACUAUAAGUACAUAUAGCUUAGAUUCCAAUCCUGUUGAAGCUACGGUUAGUUGUAUUGGGUGGCUUGAUGUUGGCUUACAGCAUGCUAGAGAUAAAGUUAGUAUUUUGCACAGGAGCAGUUCAAAUGAUACCUUUCCUGGGGUGAGUGCUAGUGCAGAUGAAAAGUCUCCAGAGAAGAAAGGGAAAAUCUCUACGUCCUUUCCUAGUGUGACAGCACCUGUAAUCAGCCGGGGAGUAGAAGUUUCUGAUAUCUCUAAAUCUUCUGCACAACUACCUUCCAAUUUUACAAAUGAUCUAUUGCAAUUGGAACAGGAAGUUACAGAUGGUCUCAAUACACAAGAGAUUGAGUUCUUGUGUGUAAAUGGCUCAGUGGCUGGACCUUCGCAGGCUGUUGGCUCUUAUAGUGAUGCCGGCAGGGAUGAUCAUCCAAUCAUUGAUCCUUGUUCAGCUUUUGUUGAGUCAGUUGCUCCAAGUUCCACAUGCCUUCAUCUGGUAAAGUUGGGAGGUGAUCAGUUAUCAACGGCAACACCAGUUUUUGCUGUAAAUAACCAUCAAAUUGAUGCCAUGGAUAUUGAAGGUGAUCACAGGGGAAAAGUGCAUGUGGAUACUGCAGAAGAGCAAAAAAUCAUUUCUAGUGAGGUAACUCAAUGCAGAGUUUUUCCAGAAGAUAAGUCUUCCCGCUUUGAUCAGAGGUUGCCUAGCACAGAUGUGGAAGAUGAUAAUCCUCUUCCCCUGAAGGUUGAUUUACCUUCUGCAUCGAAAUCUUUGGUUUUUGGAAUUGAUGCCAAUGAAGCUUCUGCUGCCUACUCUAAUGAUGCAGUGAUGGCUGCACCUGAUAUAUCAUAUGAUUUGGUUUCUCCCUGUAACCGUGAUAACCCAGUUAUAAGCACAUCAACUUACAAAGCACAUCUAAACUCAGAAGAGAAGGCUUAUGGUGAUGAAAAACUUUCAGAUGAUAAGCCUAUGAUUGAAGGUGCUUGCAGUUCAUCUGUCCUUGUGUCAUAUUCACAGCAGAGCAAAACUAUUCUGAAGUCAAAUGAUGCAAUUCAAACCAAUCAAUCAGUUGCUGGCAAGGCAGGAUUGUUGCCAUCACAUGAUUCCAGAAAUACUAAUUCCCCCAAUUUCCUUAGUGGAGAAACACAUGGGAGGAGAGACCAGCUUAGUCAUGUUGUUCCCAAGAGUUAUCCUACUCGCUCAUCUAUUGUUUUUUCUGCUUCCAAGAAUUCAACAUCUUCUACCAAUAUCACAAAUCUCCAGACAUGGCAUCGAACCAAUAAUUCUUCUGCCUAUCCUCUAUCAGGAAACAAACAUUCCUUAAGUGCCAAUCCUUUGCAAAGGCAUAUUCCAAAAAUGGCUGCACAUUUUCGAAGCACUUCUUACAUUCGUAAAGGUAACAGUCUUGUUAGAAAAGCUGUUUCAGUUCCUGCUCCUCCCCAGGGUUCUCAUUCUUUGAGUUCAUCUGUUUACCGGCUGAACUCUGGGGUUGUGGAUGAAGUGAAGAAGGGGGCAGGACCCAAAAGUUCUGCUGAUGCUGUUGAUUUGAGAACAGGUCGUGCAAAUAGCUCUCUUGAAAGGCCCUCAACACCCCCCUUAUUCAGUGUCACGAAAGCACCGAAGCAUACUUCAAACUCAUCAGGAGAGUGUACAUCUUCGCCACUGGCAGAGCCCUCUAUUAGUGAUUGCUGUGAAACGACAACAUAUCAUCCAAGUUCUAUGGAAAUUAAUGAUGUGCUUAAUUCACCAGAGGAUGGACUGAAUACUUCUGAAACUCUAAAUCAAAAUGGUUCAGUUAACAAUUUGGAAGACUGGACUGAGCAAAAUGAAAAUGACUUGGUUCCUCCAAAUGCAAAGAUGGUAACAUGUGUAAAGCCAAAAUCAAAUCAAUUGGUUGCAACUUCAGAUUGUUAUCGUACCUCUAUUCUCAAUGCUGAUAAGAACUCCUUUUCUGCUUCCUCUGAUGGCUACUAUAAGAAAAGAAAAAACCAGCUAAUUAGGACUGCCCUUAAGAGUCAUAUCAAGCAGGCAGUUACCAUGUCUGAUGACGAAUCCAACUCAGUGGUACGAAUGACUGCUAAAGUUAUUUCGAGUAGAACUUUUGGUAUGAGGCGAUCUAAUAAAGUUGUAGUGAAGACCAAUAAACCUUCCAAAUUCUCUCUGGUCUGGGCUCUGCAUAAUGCACGGUUAUCAAAUAAUGAUGGCAAUUCACAAAGUCAUCCAAAAGUCCUUCCACAACUGUUUCCCUGGAAAAGAAUGACAUACAAGAGAAGCUUUAAGUUAAACUCAGUUUCUUCGUGCUGUAGUUCUUUAUCUACAAUUGGACGGAAAAUGUUGCUAUUGAGAAAGAGAAAUACAUUUUAUACCAGGUCAACUAAUGGAUAUUCAAUUCGGAAAUCAAAGGUAUUAAGUGUUGGCAGUUCUAGUUUGAAAUGGUCAAAAUCUAUUGAAAGGCAUUUGAGGAAAGCUAAUGAGGAAGCUACACUAGCAAUUGCUGAAGCAGAAAGAAAGAAAAGAGAACAAAAUGGCACUCUUUCUGGGAAAGGCAAAAGAAGUCACUCUUGCCAUAAAGUUGUUCAUGGUACAGAAGUUCAGCCAGGAGAACGUAUAUUCCGCAUUGGUUCAGUGCGCUACAAAAUGGAUUCUUCUAGGCGUUCCCUUCAGAGGAUAUCAGAUGACGAGUCGUCAUGCUCUGCUGGUCACCUAUCAGAAAGGAGUACCAAAAAAUCUUAUAUCCCAAGGAGAUUAGUGAUCGGGAAUGAUGAGUAUGUUCGAAUUGGCAAUGGCAACAAGCUUGUUAGAGAUCCCAAGAAGUGGACUCGUGUUUUGGCAAGUGAGAAAGUUCGGUGGAGUUUGCACACUGCCAGGUUGCGAUUGGUUAAAAAGCGGAAGUACUGUCAGUUUUUCACAAGAUUCGGGAAGUGCAACAAAGAUGAUGGAAAGUGUCCCUAUAUUCAUGAUCCCUCCAAAAUUGCUGUAUGCACGAAAUUUCUCAAGGGUCUAUGUUCUAAUCCCAACUGCAAAUUGACUCAUAAGGUCAUUCCGGAAAGAAUGCCCGAUUGUUCAUAUUUUUUGCGAGGUUUGUGCACAAAUGAAAGUUGUCCUUAUAGACAUGUACAUGUCAACCCAAAUGCCUCUACUUGCGAAGGAUUCCUUAGGGGUUAUUGUGCUGAUGGUAACGAGUGUCAGAAGAAGCACAGCUAUGUCUGUCCCAAUUUUGAAGCAACAGGUUCCUGCCCUCAAGGAUCUAAAUGCAAGCUUCACCACCCCAAAACCCGAAGCAAGGGAAAGAAAAGCAAAAGGUCAAUGGAGCAUAAGAAUGCUCGUGGGCGUUACUUUCGUAUUGACAUUUCGGAACCAAAAAGAAUUUCUGAAAGACACCAGCCACUAGAUGAUGACAACAUUUUCUUUGAUGGGAAAUUCUCUGAUUACAUUAGCCUCGAUGUUAUUGAUGAUGAUGACAAUGAUGAUAAAGCUGGGGAACUUCAUCGAGUGAUUUCUGAUCAAACAACCUUUGGUGAUAGUGAUUCCUCGGAUUUACGAUUAGAUGAUCUCGAUGAAUCAAUCAAACCUAUUCUUAUAAUGAAUAAGAUUACAGAAUCAUUGAUGGUUAGCAAAGCUUCUAGUGUUAAGCAUGUGGCCUUACAAAAGAGGAACUGAAUAUUCUGUACAGAAGGGGACGAAU